AUGAUGAGUCAUACUCCAGACAAUGGCGUUUACACUCAAAAUGGUGAAACUGGCACUGAAACCAAUUUAUAUGUCCAAAUACCAUAUGUGCUUUCACAAUCACAUCAAGGUUUUCAAACAGGCAAACGUGCAUUCUCAACGGCUUCUCCCCCACAAAAAAUAAUGAAAAAGCUAAAUGGUUUCUUGCCUGAACCGUUUCCUCCAAUUAUUUUCACAUUUAAUGAUGACGUACCGAAUCGUGGGAUAUUAUGUUCAAUUUUAAUUGAACUGGAAGAAAAUCAUCAUUGUCGAACUACUUGUCGGUUUAAUGCGAGGAAAGAACUUCUAUUAUUUCCACAAGACAUUACAGGUCAAAAAUGUUUAACGAAUAACUUACCGUCUGAUUUAUUUGGUGAGAAUUUUAAAUUCAACUCUCGUUGCCCUCGCACCAUUGCUAAAACGUUUAGUUACGUUCUGAAAAACGUCGACCUGUCUAUUGAUGAUGACGACCUAUAG